UGUGCGAAAAGAUCACGCGGAUAUUAUUGCAAAGGACGAUGACUGUGCUAUUAGAAUAGAUAUAUGGUAUUCAUUGUGCAAGUAGAAGUAUCAAUUGAGUCGUGAAAGCAAAGGAAUUAAACAACUUGCGGUCAAGUAACCACAGCAAGGAAAAUGAGCAGACCAAUCGUCAUUGUUGGUGCAGGUGUCAUAGGACUCGAUGUAGCUCUUCUGCUCGCGGAACGCGGCUAUGGUCGACAUAUUGAGAUCGUUGCGGAGCAUCUCCCUGGCGACACCUCAAUAAAUUACACAUCCCCGUGGGCUGGAGCGAACUUCUCGGCCAUUUCUGGUGGCGAUCCGAAUGCGCUUCGCUGGGACAAGAUUGGGUAUCAGCACAUGAUGAGAUUGGCAGAGGACCGGGGCACUGAAGCAUGCAUAUCGAAGACACCGUCCUUUGAGUAUUGGGAUGAAAUGCCGGCCUCUGGAAAGAUCGAUUCAAUGGCCGAGUAUCUCCAAGAUUUCAAAAUCCUCCCAAAGGCAGAUCUACCAGAAGGAUGCCAAUUUGGAGUAUCGUUCACAACCAUCACAGUCAACGCCCCGCGGUACAUCCAAUAUCUCUACCAACUUCUCAAAGUAACAUACGGCGUGAAGUUCGUCCAGAAAAGGCUGGCCGACAUCGAAUCGGCGUUCAGAGAUCCUUCAACAAAGAUUGUCUUCAACUGCACCGGCAACGGCGCGAGAACGCUGAAAGGCGUCGAGGACGAAAAGUGCUAUCCGACUCGCGGGCAAAUUCUCUUGACUCGAGCUCCGCACAUCGCGAAGAACGUCAUGCGCCACGGUAAGGACUAUGAGACAUAUAUCAUUCCGAGGCCGCGGUCGAACGGAAACAUCAUCCUGGGUGGAUUCAUGCAGAAGGGUGUUGGCACUGGUGACACAUUUGCCAGCGAAUCUGAAUCGAUAUUGAAGAGAACUACAGGCUUGUUGCCUGAGCUUCUGCAAGGCGACAUGGAGGUUUUGGCUGCAUUCUCCGGGCUGAGGCCGUCUCGUGAGGGUGGUGCACGUGUACAGAGGACGAGCAUCAAGCUCGAUGGCGGGAAGGAGGGAGUGCUGGUGCACAAUUACGGUGCUGGUGGUACUGGGUUCCAGGCUGGUCUUGGAAUGGCGAGUGAGGCGGUGGGCACCGUGGAGGACUUAGUGUCGAGUCUGCCGCGGGAAAAGAGUCGUCUAUAAUGGAUCUGGUGGAAGGAGCUCUGGUUCCUUUUAGUAUCAUAAUAUAGCAUCUUCCUCUGAUGUUAAUGCCAAAC